CCGGCUUCUUGUGAUGGUUCUCAGUUUGUGCUGAAGCCUUAAAGUUUCUUUUACCCGACAUGUGGCGAAAACCCAAAACUAACAUCAAUAAGUCGAUCCUACGAGCUGUCAUCUGGAUACUUCACCAAGUAUGGAUUCAGUAGGCAGGAGAGUGUCCAGAGCAUAGAGAUGGCUCUGCUAAUGGAGCACCAGUUCAGACAGCUGCCAGCUGACAGGCAGGUGGAAACAAGACCGUUUCUGGAGGCUGUGUCAUACCUUCCACCCUUCUUUGACUGCCUGGGCUCUACCAUUUUUGCACCAAUCAAAGCGGACAUUUCUGGAAACAUUCUAAAAAUCAAGGCCAUUUAUGACAGCAACCCAGGUCGAUUCAAGACACUCCAGCAGAUUUUGGAGGCAGAAAAAGAGAUGUAUGGAGCAGAAUGGCCCAAAGUUGGAGCAACACUGGCACUUAUGUGGCUAAAAAGGGGACUACGAUUUAUUCAAGUCUUCCUCCAGAGCCUGGCAGAAGGUGAAAAGGAUGAAAACAACCCAAACCUCAUUCGAGUUAAUGUCACUAAAGCUUACGAAAUCGCACUGAAGAGGUAUCAUGGCUGGUUGGUGCAACAGCUGUUCAAGGCAGCUCUUUAUGCAGCUCCAUAUAAGUCAGAUUUCCUGAAAGCACUCUCCAAGGGUCGAGAUGUCAAAGAAGAUGAAUGCUUGGAAAAGAUCAGAAAAUUCCUUGUUAACUUCACUGUCACAGUUGAUGCUAUUUAUGAGAUGUACAAUAAAAUGAAUGCUGACCUGGAUUAUACAGUGUGACUGCAGGACGCUCUGCUUUCCUCCAGUGAUCCAAAGUUUAUAGUCAUUUACAUUCUGUUGUCUGCAGCCUUACAUGGCUCUCCUCCAGAUCAGUAGACAGCUCACAGUGCUCACAUUUCUGAUACUCUGCUGCUUCACAUCCAGUGUUUGUGCACUUAACUUGUCUGUGUGCCUUUUCUGUUGUUUGACUCUGAAGUGAAGCAGAUGCAGAUUCAAACUCAGUAUUUCUUUGUUGAUUAUUCAAAGAGUUGCCCAUCUUUACAGGAACUACUGUUUAAAAGCAGCACUACUACAUUCAUCUAAAAUAGUUUAUAAGUGAUUAUACCAGGAGUGAAGCCAGGACUGACACAGAUAGAGAAAGUGAGACGUCAUUAUAUUUGAUGCACCACAUCAUAUCCCAUCAGUGCAUCAAACUGAAUGUUAUAUUCAUCUGUAUCUGCAAGUACAAACCCCAAUUUUAAUAAAGUUGAAUGCACAGAUAUUUAUUGUUCAACUAAAACACUUUAUUUAUGUAUGUUUUAAACAUGUUCCAAAAAAGUUGGGACACAUCCCAUUUAUCACUGUGUUCCAUCACCUUUUCUUCUAACAACUCUCUGUAAGCAUCUGGAGACUGAAGACUCUCAUAACCAAAGUAAAGAAAGUCAAAUUCUCUCCCCUGCUUGCUAGAUGUACACCUGUGGAUAAAAUUGUUGGUACCCUUCCGUUAAAGAAAGAAAAAUCCUAACUUUAAACCAACAAAAGUGAUAAUAAAUACAAAAUUACUGAAAAUUAACUUAUGAAAAUCAGACAUAGCUUUUGAAUGUAGGUUCAACAGAACAACAGACUAUUAAAACUGGCCUUGACAAAAAUGAUGGAAAAUCUAAACACUGGUGGUGGUGUUGAUGAGGGAUGCAGGAUCAGAUGAGUAGUAGACUUCUGAGAAGCUGGCCCAGGAAACCAAUGAGGUGGCUUGG